ACAGGGACCAGUGUUUCCUAUUCGGGACUCCCUCGACACUCUUCCGUGCUUUCUGGUAAGCGAGCUUAAUCCGGGCUCGCUCUGCACGGGACAGUGCUUCCGCGACGGCAGCAGCCUCACGAGCUGGCGGACGGGUGGUCAGAGUUCUGUGUGAGUAGGGGGGGUAUGGUGUGGACAUAUUCACAAAAGGUACGUAUGUUAAAGCCUGACUCGAAGCGGGCAAAGCAGACCCAUUGUGCCCACGGAGGGGCCUCGCGGUUAUGGUAGCCAAAUGCCGUGCUCAGUCUUGGCAUGGCCCUCGGGUUGAGUGCCGCCCGAAGUCCGUCGAUGUGCUUCCCCUCUUCGUCGUCGUAGACGACGCCGACGACCGUACAGAGGAUGGGAAAUUCGAGCCGCAAUGACAGGCCAGCACCCGUUCGUCUCAUGCCACCACCGUUCCCGCAACAAGACUUGGUUCAGGUGGAGUAGCGUGUACUGUGUCCAAUGCGGAGAAUGCGGAGAAGAGAAGAGAGGGGAAAGACUGGAGGACUGGAAGACUGGGAAGAGUGUGAGGGGAAGGGAGAUGUCGACGAAUCAGCGUAGCCCGUUGAUCGUGAGAGUGGUCCCCUCUGCCGCGAAGUGGAUAUGCCCUUGUCUUCGUCUGUUGUCGAGAUGCGCCGUGGGGAAUUGCCAAAUAUCCCAAUUUGAGUUAAUCUAUCCGGCCCCCAAUGAGACCGUAAACCCGACUGAAAUUUGUGGCCUUUCAGGCACGGCGCGGUGCCGUCGACGGGGGUUUCCUCGGGCGGUAGUCAAAGUCCGGCGUGUUACAACUCUGACACACGCUCUGGGCGCAUUGUCCAACUUUCCCUCAUCUGCCCAUGCCGCACAGCAGCCUGUUUCAAGAAUACAGGUUGGCAUCAACGUCGGCGGUAGUUGCGCCCGAGCAAGACGACUCGCUUCCGGAUGGGUCCAUAUCACGGGAAACAGACAGCUUGUCGUUGUAGCAAUCAAAUGCCGCACCUCCUCUUCUGCUAUUCGACCGCUCUCCACGAAGGCGUCUGGCUGGGUGCUGACGGGAGUCAAGUGACGCCGUGCAUUGCAACACAGUUGGGGAGGCUUGCUAGCGAAUCAUUCGCAUGGGGGAUUCGGCUGGAAUGGGGGGCAUGCACUAUGGGCGGCCAUGUACCGGCAGUCUUCUCCGCAUCGGUGGUGUCCUGCAGCCGUUGCCCGUUACGGCGUCUCUCCGUCUGAUUGUGCUAUGCCGAUCGACGUGUGGAAGCUUCUUCUUGCUGCAGGCCUCGUUG